AUGUAUGAGAAGAACAUCGAAAUCCAGAACUUCUCGUCCAGCUGGAGCGAUGGGAUGGCUUUCUGUGCUUUGGUCCACUCGUUCUUCCCCAUUGAGUUUGACUACACCUCUUUGUUGCCUGCCAACCGUAAACAGAACUUUGAACUGGCCUUUGGAACUGCCGAGUUGAAGGCCGGCUGUGACCGUCUGAUCGAGGUGGACGACAUGAUGAUCAUGGGUCGUAAACCGGACCCCAUGUGCGUCUUCACCUAUGUCCAGUCCCUCUACAACCACCUGCGCAAGUUUGAGUGAAGCUCCAAAGCAUCUAGCUUCAGACUUGACAUUUUAAAACCUCUUAUUCUUUCUAUUUACCAAACUUUGAGCAGAGUGGAGAUCCACAGCUGGCAUGGUGGAGCACUUUGGAAAGACUACACUGCUCCCUGGUGGUGGAGUGAUGAACUUUACUCCACGUGCUGCAGGAAAAGUCAUCACAGAGGCCCAGUGGACAGUGACUCAUGGGAUAAUACUGUGUGUGCUGUGAUAGUAACUGUUUGUCUGGUUUGGUUUGUCAACAGUUUUGACAGUGUGUAUGUGCUUGUGUGUGUUUACUUGAGAUACAAAAAGUGCAAAUAUAUUCUGUAUUGUAUAAAUCUUUAUAUUUACGCACGUGUUUGAAUGUGGCUGUAUUAACCUUCAUAUUGCUGGAUUUAUGUUUUAAAAAAGUAACUGUAUACCUAAACUUUGUGUUUGCGAUGAAGCGCUGGGGCAUAAAAAAUGAUAUGUUGCUGACUUAUAUUUACAUUCACAUAUGAUGUGAUACUCAGCGAUUGAGAUGAGGAUGAGACAUGGAAAAAUAACUGUUUGACAACUACAUUGUGUUCAAUACUUGGCAUCAAAUAAACUGUAAGUAUCUGUAUUUUAUUCUAUAAAAAGAUUGGUUGUGGCCCAGUGCAAGGUUAGUGGUUGGAGCCCCAAACCCUACUGGGUAUACUAUACAUUUUGAAAGAAUAUGAUUUUAUAUGAUUUAAGUGUUUUUUCCUUGUGUCACGAUAUUAACAACUUUACUAUUAUACAGUGUAGUGAUACUGAAACAAGCUUUUGAAUAAUUUUGGUGAUUUUCUUCUUGUGAAAACAUUCAAUAACUUUAUUGUUAUUAUAAGUUUUUUAAUGCAUGUUGUGCUUUCAAAAUUACGCCGCACAUCACCUGUCUCCUGCUGGAUGCACUAAAACAUUUAUUGUAAAGAAUUAUGAUUUGGAAACGUUUUGGUGAAUUUUGUCUUGAGCAAAACUUUUAAUAACUUCACCAUUAUACGGCAAGGUGCUAAGGUAAUGGUCUUCUGUUGGUUGUACUAUACGAACAAGUUGGGAAAAGCUUCCUUUUGCAUAAUUGGUGAAUAUUUCUUGUGUAAAAUAUUCAAUUACCUUACUACACAACAUUACACUACACAUAUUAGACGGUUUUAUCCAAAGCAACUUUGGGCAGUGCCCACAGGACCAAUUUGGGGUGAAGUGUCUUGCCCAGGGACACAACGACAAGCUGACUGCACUUGGGAUGGAACCAGUACUCCCCUGAUCUGUAGUUCAACGCACUAACUGAGCCACAGACUCACAGUGUAUUGCUACCAAAAUCCAUCAACGGCUUGAAUACACUUGAAUAUCAUGGGACAUUUUGCGUUAAGUAUUUGAUAGCAGAAGACCCUAGUUUCCCAUCAAAGUACUGAACCGGCCCGACCCUGCUUAGCUUCUAGGACACAUUGAGUGAGCUUUGAUCCAGUGCCAUUGGCCUCAAACGUCUUGGUAGCCUUGUAUUCUGUGAACACAACUAAAUCAAAGUUUUAACAACAUCUUUGUUACGAUAUUUUCUUGGCUCUCAACACUCCUACGACGGAUAUACAAUCUAUCAAUUUCAUUGUGUUUUGUAUUAUUUCUCUUCCUCUCACAAGUGCCACUUCUGAAAUGUUUUAACAAAUGUAGGCCUACUUGUGUCUUUAACAAUAUCUUUGCUAUUAUAAUUCCUUUCCCAGGCAGUCCCCAAUCGAAGCAUUGACCCAGCCUGACAGUGUUACAAUAUCAGACGAGAUAAGGGUUUUUGAAAGUGUUACAAGAUCAUAAGCAAAAAGUCAAAUGAAAUGCCAAAGAUUUGUGUUUUAAACAAAAUUCUUUUAAUCCAUCCCCCGCUUCUUUGGCCCCCAGUGCAGUUCCUGUAUGAGUAUUUUGUUACGUAAAAUACUUUAAAAAAACGAUCAUUGUCAUCUUACGUAUAAGAAUAUGGUUUCAAUGAGGAAAAGAGGAAAAGUGUCUGGAUGGCUUUGGCUCAAGGAGUAAAUUAAUGUCUACCACUGGGGGUCAGUAGUUUGACUCCCCAGCACGUCAUAAAAGAGUUACAAGAUGCUUUAGACCUGUCAUUGGAAAUGAUGGUGAGAGGGCAAGUUUAAAGGUCCCAUGUAAUGGCCAUUUCUACUGAUCAUAAUUCCAUUGU